AUGGAGUCGGUUGAUAUUAGGCUAGCAACUGACAAUGAGGACAAUGAUGCCUAUUUGAGUGAGAGAGACUAUGAAGAUAAAAAUGAUGAUGAUUUGUUUGCUGAAAAUAUGGAUCAUGGCAUCAAUGAGACGGUAAUUAGCAGCUUAGGAGGGCUAUCACAAAUUCUUGUUGAAGAUGAUGAGGAGGAAGAUCACGAGGAAGAUCAUGGGAUUAUGGUGCAUAGUGAUGAUGAGCUGAAUGACAGUGAUGGUGAAGUUGUAAGUGUCAUUGGGUCUGAUGAUGAAGGACCAGAGUAUCCAAUCUUUAAUCCACAAGUAGACUUCAAACAAGAGAUAACAUUAAAGCUCGACAUGAAAUUUCCAUCCAACAAAGUUUUUAGGAAGGCUUUGAGGCAUCAUGCCAUAGAUAACGGAUAUGAUUACUAUUACUUGCAUAACACUUCCUUGAGGAUUUCUGUAUAUUGUGCAAAGAGGUGUGAUUGUCCCUGGAAGAGAGCUAGGAGACAAAAGUGUAGUUGUAAGCUAAAGAGGAAGUGCAGGUUUAAGGUUCAUUGCAGGAAGGUAAAAGGGGAGGAAACCUUUCAAAUCAAAAGUAUGAGAAGUGAGCAUGUGUGUGGGCAUCAACAUCAGAAUCCUAAAGUGACCUCAUAUUAUCUUGCCGAGAGAUAUUUAGAAGAUUGGAGAGAUGAUCCAUCAAUGAAAAUGACAGCAUAUAUAAGUAGAGCUGAAAGAGAGGUAAAGGCUGAAAUUGGAUACUAUAAGGCUUAUUAUUCUAAGCAGAUUGCAUUAAGGAUGUUGUUUGGUGAUGCAUCUGUAGAGUAUGAGAGGGUGUGGGAAUAUGCAGCUACAAUUCGCAAGUAUAAUCCUGGUAGCACUGCAGUUGUGAAGGUGGAUGGAAUUGAGAAGCCACCUCCUUUAUUUCAGAGGAUGUACAUUUGUUUGCAGCCUUGCAAAGAAGGUUUUAUUGCUGGGUGUAGGCCUAUAUUAGGAGUGGACGGUGCCCAUUUGCGAGGUCCUUACCCAGGUGUAUUGUUGACGGCAGUGGGGAAAGAUGGGAACAACAACAUAUUCCCGGUUGCUUGGGCUGUGGUUGAGACAAAGAAUUCAGAGACUUGGACUUGGUUUUUGGAGCUUCUUGUGAGGGACAUAGCUUCUGUGGCAUCUUCUGUAACUUGGGUGCAUGAAAAAGAAGAAGAAAAAGAAGUGACCUACAUGUCAGACCGACAAAAGGGAUUGCUAGAUGCUUUUAGAACUGUGGUACCAAAUGCAGAGAUAAGGUUUUGCUGCAGACACAUUUGGGCCAAUUUCAAGAACAAGUUCCCGGGAGAGAUUUACAGAGAGAGUUUCUGGAAAGCUGCAAGGUCAUCCACAAAGCAUCAUUUUAAACAACAUAUGGAGGCAAUUAAAGGUUUGAAUAUUGAGGCAUUCAAGUACUUAGAUGCAAUACCGUCUUGCAAUUGGUCAAGGCAUGCCUUCGGUACAAGUUCCAAGUCGGGUAUGCUUCUUAACAAUUGUUGUGAGAGCUUUAACAAUGUGUUAAGAGAUGCAAGGUCCAAACCUAUACUUUCCCUAAUGGAGUGGAUUAGGAGAUAUGUAAUGAAAAGAUGUUGUGCGAAGAGAAAUGGGUUAAAAAGCUUUGAUGGGGUUAUUAUACCUUCAGUGGUGAAAAUGAUUCACAAUGGUCUUUUACAAGUGUCAAAAAUGAAAAUCAAUCAGGCCGGGUUGCAUGAGUUCGAAGUUGAUGAUGACGGGGAUACCUUUGUGGUGAACUUGAAGAACAAGGUAUGUGGGUGUUAUAGAUGGAGUCUUAUGGGGAUUCCAUGUUGGCAUGCCUUAGCAUGUAUUGUGAAGAGGAGGUUGCAAUAUGAGGAGUUUGUACACGUAGCUUACCAUGUAAGCACAUAUGCAGCCACCUACUCUCCUGCAUUCAAAGCCAUGCCAGGCCAUACUCAAUGGGAUACCACACCUCAACCACACCCGCUUCCCCCUCCUUAUAGAAAGAUGCCUGGAAGGCCAAGUAAAAGGAAAAGGGUCAAGGAACCAGGAGAGGAUAAGGAGAAAAAGUUGGUUAAAAGAGCAAAGAAAAAUAAUAGGUGCUCUAGAUGUGGUGGACUUGGGCACUACAAACCAAAGUGCCAAAAUGUUCCCCUGUCAGAUGCAAAUACCAGAAACAAAGGUGGGAGGCCAAGUUUUAGUACUUCCAGCCUUGGUCAGUCUAACGCAGCUACGCUGAGUCAGUCUCAAGCCACUCAAACUAGUGAUGAAACCACCCUCAGUCAAUCUCAAUCUCAAGCCCCUGCACCACCGCAAGCACCUACACCAAUGCAAGCACCUAAGAAAACAACAAAGAAAGUAGCAGCACCUAAGCAAGCAACAUCGAAGAAAGGUGCAACUGCACCGUCAUCUAAGAAAGGUCCCGUUUCAAAAAUGGCAAAGAAGUCCAGUUCCAUUUCUGCUCCAAUUUCACAGUCACGACAAAUUGGAUCCACUUUUGUUGCAUCGUCUCAUGUCACAGACUUAGGAAGUUAG